AUGAACGAAUUUGAGACCAUAAAUGGUGGGAUCGACAACCUACAGAGCAUCGUCAAUCUCGCCAUGCACAUUCUCAAGCUGAAGCCGCUCAACCACGGACGUGAAAUCAAACUUAUUUUACACCAGGGUCAUGAAGAGCAAGACUUGGGGUCAAGGGGGUAUUCCACCAUGGCGGUGCUGCCCCCGAGUUAUCGUUCCGAUCAUCCGGUGCGAGUCUAUGUGGAAACCUACAGAGACUCUUCAAAGGCAACAGCGCUCGCCAGACACAUUGCCACGAGACUGUGGUGGACGUUCGACAACUUGGAGAACACGAAUUUUUUGCGGGGAGUUCUGCCCUGUAUUGGUUUUGAUGGGCACAGGGUGAUCUAUUUACUUCCAAAGGACUCAAAAGAUCAACAAACCUUGAGGAGGUUGAUCGACAGCAAGAAAGUGUCCCUCGAGGCGCGGUUCUCCCUGGCACUCCAGCUCGCGAAAGUGGUACUCAAGGUCCAUUCCGAUGGGUUGGCUGCGCACUGUUCUAUCCGCAGCAACACCACUCUGUUCCUCACCUCUGACGGAACGCGGGUUUCAGAGGUACCGGCGCCGCCCGAGCCGCCCGAGGCAGCUGCACCACCGGGGGGGGGACUUGUCAGACGCAACACCUUGAAGCAAGGCAUCAACCGGGUUGGUACGGGUAUCAAGGAAAUUGGCACAACCAUCAAAAGAACAAUGAGCUUCAGUGCAAGAAAAAGGGACAGAGAGGAUAUCGAGGAUAGGAGGUCGAGAGACAGAGGUGCGGGUAACAGGGCGGCUACACGGAAGAGCAGUCAAGAAAGCUUACGGAAACGCAACGUACCGCGGAAAGUGAAGAGAAAAGGGGCUAUCUGGCCGGGAGCCCGGUCAAACGACAGCUCGGAGGACUUGCCUGACUCAAUUUGUGACGAACAGGAUAAGAUGGCAAGCAAGAAGGACUCGGUCGCUCUCAGCUGUGAGGUAUCAAACGCCCACGCACCGCCCAGAUUUGGCAGUCAGUAUCUCACUCAUUGGCAACACGUUGUGCACCGCGGCGCUCCCCUCGGCAACUUUCCCAAAGAUUGGACGAGAGAUGUCUAUCGACACCCCGAACAGCACGGUCAGACCGAAGCAACCGCCAAAAUUGACCACGAUAUCUACAGCAUGGGCGUUUGCCUCCUUGAGAUUGGGCUCUGGAGGUCAUUUUCGGUGCUGAAAGUUGGCAGCUUGGAACCGAGUGCGCUGGGGGAAGCUGCCGGCAUGAACAUAAAAGAAAACGACGAGGUGGUCGUCGUCAAGCAGAACCUAGUGGAGAUUGCGAGGAGGGAGCUACCAGUGCAUAUGGGGGAAAGGUACGCUCAAGUUGUGGCCGCGUGUUUGACCUGUCUAGAUACAGACGAGAUAGGUCCAAAUCCAACGUGGGGAGAAGGCUUGGGAAGUGUCAAUACUUCCGAGGGAGCAAAAUGCAGCAGAUUCAGGAAGGUUGUCGUUUCUCCCCUUGAGCACCUUGGUGAUGCAUUGACCGAAAGGUCUGCGGACCACGAGUGA